UUAUCUUUUUACAAAUCCAUUUACUCGAUCUGGCUACCUACCAAUAUGCAGUGCAACGAAAUGAUUGUUGUUUUAGCUUCGCAUAACCAUCUUUAGAAAGAAAAAAAAAGAAAAUUUUAUUUGAAAAAGAAGAAAAAAAAUUUCAGUGACUUCUUCGCGCAAUCGGAAAGUAUAUUUGUUUCAUUUUGUGGAUAGUUAUAAUAAAUUAUUUGCCAAAAUGGCUGUUUCGUGACAAUGCGCCUGUAUAUGAAGAAUGGCAUCUUUCGGACAAUCAUCUCUCUACAUUUUCAUUUGACUUUAUUUAGGAUUUUAUCUUUUUAUUCCAAAACUAUUGCCAGUUGUCGAGUGACAAGGAAAAGAUCAGUUUUUGGAGGAAGUACUCUCUUACUUUUUCUUAUCUGUUUUUGUUGCCAAAGAAAACUACAAAAAAGAACUUUAGCCAUGGCGGAUAUUACGAGUAUAGAGAGUCAACGAAGAAGACAGGGAGCAAGUCGAACCCAAAGACGUAGUGACUUAAAUCAACUGAUCACAGAUGGAAUAAAACCACCGCCUGAUUAUAACGAUGUGCUAAAGAAGGACUCUUUGUGUGAAGCAGGUCUACCAACGUAUGAUGUGGCAAUACAAGGACUGCGCUCUGAUAAUUAUGUGUAAUGCUUGCGAUUGCCUAGUUUCAGAUACAAAUGCUUAUUACUAAUUCAAAAAUACAGUAACAAAUAUGAGCCGGAAAAAAAAUGCAAUAAUUAACCUUUAAAGAAUACAUAAAAAUAAAUUAAAUUUUAUUAAGGAUGAUUAAAAAAUAAAUAUUGAAGCUAUUUCUCCUGCUCAACAAAUAUUUGUCAUUUUGAAAUGGAAGAGGUGAUAUUUAUGAAGUACACAGAAAAUCUCUGCAGACAAAAGGUUUUAUACAACUAUCUCCCCCAGCAAUUUUCAGAAAUAUUAAAGUUGUUAGUGGAAAAAAAGGUAUUAAAGUGCCGUAGCGAAUUGGCCCAGUCGCCAAAUGAAAGGUGUCCACUCAGGAAAAAAUGACCUUCGUAUGGGUAUAAUUAGUAGAGUCAUAAAUGGGGCACAUAUCCUUUCUUUGGCACGUACCGCUUUCACGGCAAAACGAGGCAAUAAGAAAAAUAACGAUGUGAUAUAGAAGAGGGUAAACAUUUAAAAAAUUCUUUAGUAAUUUAUAAUACAAUGAAUUUUGUUACAUCAUGUUUUUUUCCCCUUUGUACCCUAACAUGUAAAAUAUAAGACAGUGUUUUCAGAAAAUAAAUAUAUAUAUUUAUCACCAUUGCUUGCUUAGAUAUACAAAUAUUUUCAAAAUUGUUAAACUCAGUCUUGCUUUUGUAACUAAGUUUUGAUUAAUGGCAUUAAAAUAAAAUUCAAAAAUUAUUAAGGUAUUUAAAAAAUUAAAAAGUUGCGUGAUAUUGGUAGUUGAUGUAAACUUUUGUAGCAGACUACUAAUUUUAAAUGAAUAAAAAAAAACAUGAAAAGA